AUGAGGCUGAUUAGUAGAGAUGAAAAGCUUUUCACUCACAGGAGCUUUAAGGAGCUCUGUUGCUAUAGGUUGUUUCUUGUAGUGUGAUAUUGCUGUUGGGUGGAAGAGUGUAAAGGGUGCUAUCCCUUCCCCCCCGUGCUGGGGAAGAAGUGGUAAUUUAUCAUAAUAAAAAAAGCUAGGGAUGCUUAAAAAUGCCUGUAAUGCAUCAGUGGAGAAGCACCGCCAACCCCUCUCUAUAGAGAGAACCUUGCUUAAAAGCACUACUUCUUUUAGAUUCGUUCCUUUAAUGUUAAUGAGCAUUUCCUCGAUUUUUCUUGGGCCUAAUGUUUGGUUUAGCAGUGAUACCUUAGUGAGAAAUUAGAUGCUAGUCACCCUCAGAGAAUAAGUAUGUAGAAGGUGAGUAGGUGUAUAUUGUCCAUACCUUUAAACUUUUACGUUUCCUAAGGAAAUGACGAGGAGAAUAUGUGAAACAAUCGGGAGCUUCUCAUUUUUCUUUGUUAUCAUGACCUUAAUGCUUGAUUCAUGGAUGAUGCUGAUAAAUCAGAGUCUAGGCGCAGUAUUGGUUUAAGGGUUGACAAGCAUUCGUGCUGUAAUCCCAGCUAUUUUCCUUUCAUUUAUUGACUUGAAGUGAUCUGUUGUAGGUACGUAGCAGAGUACAAUAAAUGGUCCAGGAUGGUACACCAGAGUGGAGACAUGUGUAAUCAUGGCAAAGAUUCUUCGACGCUAGGAGGAGAGGAAGGAGAUAUAUGUACAGAUUGUUUGAGUGGGAGCCCAAUUAGUGGUGGAUCUCCACAGAGCAAUAAUGGAAAGGGAAGAAAGAAGAAGGGCAAAAACAAGGAGAAGAAGGUAAACAUAUAAGCCUCCUAUCCACACCCCUUCACGAUGCUUGAUUAGUUAUCUCUUUUCACUCCCAUCAGCGACCAAGAGAGAAUUUCUCCUAACAAUAUCAAUACAAUCUCCAUCAGACAAGUGAUGAGAAUAAAGAAAAAUAUCAUUUAGGGGAUUAUAAGUUGAUCCAAUAUCAAAUUCUCUAAACUAACAUCGCAAGAACUGUAUGGCAGACAGUUAGGAGAAUUACUAAUGAGAUCUUGGGAGUUAAAGGGUUAUUGUGCGGUAGUUUCAAUCGUCAUGCAAUCUUGUCACUCUAACCAAGGCGGUCACGCUUUUUUGCCGUGUGAAGCUUGCGUGACUUAAGGGAAGAUGCCAAAUGUAAUUUUGCAAAUCUUUACUUUGUCCUUCCUCACCGUUAAGUCAAUGAAAGUAUUCACUCAUUCAUUCAUUCAUUCAUUCAUUCUAGUCUUCAAUAUUGUUUUUAUCUAUCUCUUUAGCAAAACUCGCCGAGACAUGAAAAGCAAGAAAAGCUUGUAGAAAUUAUUGAUGACGAAGAAAAACGGCUCCUGAAGCUAAUGGGUUGGAAGGAUGGAGGAACAGAGUCAAUGGUGAGUUAUUUUUAACUAUACUUCCGUCGCUCUACGACGAUUUAGGUUUUCCCUGGGAUCCGAUACCCCCAAGGGUAGAAUAUCCCCUGAUCUCAAACUUCCUGUUGCGUCACGACUUGUGCUUCUUGAGAAAGAAAGCUUAAGUUUAGAUAGUCUUUUUUAAUUUUUAUGUACAGUCAGCUUAAAUCUUCUCCAUCCUUAGCUAUCUUUACUUCAUCCUAGUCUAUCUUUAACUUAUCUUCGUUUGUCUUUAUUAUCGUGUUAGUAUUUUGUAUUCUCCGUCACGUUGUGCACCACUGAGCCAGUUGCGACUGGUCACGCGAUCAUAAAUUAAUGCGAGAGGUUACGUCACACAAAUGUAUAUCGGGAUCGUGAACAACAGGACGCUUUUCUCUAGAUUGGUAUACUAUCGAUUAAACUUUGUCGUCUUUCUUCAUUUUACAUCAUAGGAGUGUUUUUCGUCGGAGGAAGAUCUCUGUAUAUCCGAGCAGGAAAUUCUACGGUUCAAAGCGAACCAAUCGUCAGUGUCACAGCAGCGACGGAAGCUUCGAGAGAAACUUCGCCAACAAUUUAACAAUUUGACGCUUAAGGAGGGUCUUAACGUCGCUAUUGUUCAUUAG